CGCGGGUGUCCCCGGGGAGCGAUGGCAGCCGGGGGUCCGAGCCGGUCGGAGCGUAAGGCGGCGGAGCGGGUCCGGAGGCUGCGGGAGGAGCAGCAGCGGGAGCGCCUCCGCCAGGUGUCGCGCAUCCUGAGGAAGGCGGCGGCCGAGCGCAGCGCCGAGGAGGGUCGGCUGCUGGCCGAGAGCGAGGACCUGGUGACCGAGUUGCAGGGCCGGACCCGGCGGCGCGAGGGCCUGAAGCGGCGGCAGGAGGAGGUGUGCGACGACCCCGACGAGCUGCGGAGGAAGGUCCGGGAGCUGGCCGGGGCCGUGCGGAGCGCCAAGUACCUGGUCGUCUACACAGGCGCGGGCAUCAGCACGGCAGCCUCUAUCCCAGAUUACCGGGGCCCUAAUGGAGUGUGGACGCUGCUUCAGAAAGGCAGAAGUGUGAGCACUGCCGACCUGAGUGAGGCUGAUCCGACCCUCACCCACAUGAGCAUCACCCGAUUGCACGAGCGGAAGCUGGUGCAGCAUGUGGUGUCUCAGAACUGUGACGGGCUCCAUCUGAGGAGUGGGCUGCCACGCACUGCCAUCUCAGAGCUCCACGGGAACAUGUACAUUGAAGUCUGCACCUCCUGCACUCCCAACAGGGAGUAUGUGCGGGUGUUCGACGUGACGGAGCGCACCGCCCUCCACCGACACCAGACGGGCCGGACCUGCCACAAAUGCGGGACCCAGCUACGGGACACCAUUGUGCACUUUGGGGAGAGGGGGACAUUGGGCCAGCCUCUGAACUGGGAGGCAGCAACCGAAGCUGCCAGUAAAGCAGACACGAUCCUGUGUUUAGGGUCGAGCUUGAAGGUUCUGAAGAAGUAUCCACGCCUCUGGUGCAUGACCAAGCCCCCUAGCCGGCGGCCCAGGCUCUACAUUGUGAACUUGCAGUGGACCCCGAAGGACGACUGGGCUGCCCUGAAGCUUCAUGGGAAGUGUGAUGAUGUCAUGCAGCUCCUCAUGGACGAGCUGGGCCUGGAGAUCCCCAUCUACAACAGGUGGCAGGACCCCAUCUUCUCCCUGGCGACCCCGCUACGUGCUGGUGAGGAAGGCAGCCACAGUCGGAAGUCCCUGUGCAGAAGCAGAGAGGAGGCCCCACGUGGGGACCGGGGUGCCCCGCUAAGCUCAGCCCCCAUUCUAGGGGGCUGGUUUGGCAGGGGCUGCCCCAAACGCACAAAAAGGAAGAAAGUGACGUAACCUGAUGCUUGAUGAAGAACUGUGGGCACUUUGCAGAUGGCCCGAAUGCACAUUCAGGGCCAUUGUCCCCCGUGGUGGCUGGGUUGCCCCCAUGGGGUCUGGUGAGAAGAACUCUUUCGGGAUGACAUUUUCACCAUGACAUUUUUAGCCAUUUAUCCUCGUGGGAAGCCCCCUUGCACUGCUGUGAUUGUCCCCUGAUAUGGGCUUGACCAUCGAGGACCCCUCCCCACCCUUCCAGCCUCUACCCGAGGAGGUGGCAGCAGACCUUACUGUGAGGUCAGAGCUCGGGUUAUUUCAGACCUGGCCAGCGCAGAGGAAGUCCACGCUGCCUUACCUCGUUUACCAGGCUAGUCUCAGGGCCUCACCCUAUUUCUACUACUUGUUACUAAAAAGUGUUAACUUUACAGAAGCCUUCUUCUGUGUUGUGUAUGCAUCAAAGGGGUGGUUCUGAGCCGCGGCUCUGAGCAGACCUUUUUAUUAUUAUUAUUAAACAUC